AUGGCAGAUGCUGAUGAUCUUUUAGACUACGAAGAAGACGAACAGAACGAAACCGUCGAGAGCGAUGACAAGAAACAAGCCAAGAAAGAAGUAAAGGGUAACUAUGUUUCCAUACACAGUUCAGGUUUCCGUGAUUUCCUCUUGAAACCGGAAAUACUGAGAGCAAUCGUUGACUGCGGUUUCGAACAUCCGUCUGAAGUGCAGCACGAGUGUAUACCACAAGCCAUGUUGGGCAUGGAUAUUUUAUGCCAAGCCAAGUCCGGUAUGGGUAAAACUGCCGUGUUUGUCUUAUCCACCUUACAGCAGUUGGAAGUGUACGAGAGCGAAGUGUACGCUCUGGUCUUGUGCCACACCAGAGAAUUGGCUUUCCAGAUAAGCAAAGAAUUUGAGCGCUUCACUAAAUACUUGCCAGCAGUCAAGGUCAGUGUUUUCUUUGGUGGUGUGCCCAUCACAAAAGACGAAGAUACGCUAAAGAACAACAAGCCACACGUAGUGGUAGGCACACCAGGUCGCAUACUAGAACUGAUUAGAAAAAAAAAAUUGGUUCUUAAUAAUCUGAAGCAUUUCAUUUUGGAUGAGUGUGAUAAAAUGUUAGAGAUCUUACACAUGCGAAGUGAUGUCCAAGAAAUAUUUAAGAACACACCGUUUAACAAACAAGUAAUGAUGUUCAGUGCCACACUAAGCAAAGAUAUACGGCCUGUCUGUAAAAAGUUUAUGCAACAACCAUUGGAAGUAUAUGUUGAUGAUGAUGCCAAACUAUCAUUACACGGCCUCCAGCAGUACUAUGUCAAACUCACUGAAAAGGAAAAAAAUAAGAAAUUGUUUGAUCUUCUAGAUGAACUAGAAUUCAAUCAGGUUAUCAUUUUUGUUAAGUCUGUUCAACGUUGCGUAGUUUUAACAGAGCUACUAAAUGAACAAAAUUUCCCAUCUGUUGCCAUGCAUGGUGGUAUGUCUCAGCAAGAUCGAUUAAAGUUCUACCAAGAGUUCAAAGAUUUUCAAAAACGAAUAUUAGUGGCUACCAAUUUGUUUGGUCGAGGAAUGGAUAUUGAACGAGUGAACAUUGUUAUAAACUAUGACAUGCCUGAAGACACAGACACUUAUCUACAUAGAGUGGCAAGAGCAGGACGUUUUGGUACCAAAGGCUUAGCAAUUACAUUCAUUUGUGAAGAAACUGAUGCAAAAGUUUUGAAUAGUGUUCAAGAUAGGUUUGAUGUCACCAUUGGUCGAAUGCCUAAUGAAAUUGAGCUCAGUUCUUACGUUGAGAGAAAAUAA